ACCACCAAGUCUCCCACCUGUGGGGGAAGGUGCUGGCCCCGGCCACGCCCCCAAACAGAGAGCAGCCAGGAGGCUCACCCUCAGGCCAGCUGGCGGCAGAGGGUGGUGCUGGCCCCGCGGCUUUAGAACCUUGGCCCCCGUCACAAUGGGCCGAGGUUCCGGGGACAAUUUGAACUGUUGUCCUGCUGAGCAGGCCCAGCACAGGGAGGUGGAGGCGGGGGCCUGCGGCCACGAUGAAGAUGUGGAGCGAAGGGGGGGACGUGGAGGAGCAGAUCCAGGAGCUGAAGACCAUCACGCAGCUCCAGGAGCAAUGCCGGGCGCUGCAGGUCCAGGCCAUGAAGGAGAAGACGGUCAAGAACAAGGCCGCGGUGGCUCUCCUGCGCAGCAACAUCCGCCGCGGGACCCAGGAGUGGGCUUUGGCUAAGAAUCACGACAAGCGGUCCAUCUCCCGGGCCUGCGGGGACGACGUGCCCAUGAGGCUGGCGCACUGCCGCUGCUCCAUGGAGGUGGCGCGGGAGAAGCUGCGCAAGUACGUCUUCGACCGCGUGAACGUGCACAACGUGCUGAUCCACCUGGUGCGGCGGCGGGGGCAGCAGCUGGAGGGCCUGCAGCUGCAGCUGGAGGGCCUGCAGCACCAGCCCGUGGCCACCAAGGAGGAGCUGCGCCUGCUGCAGGUCAUCCGCCAGUUGGAGAACAACAUCGAAAAGACAACAAUCAAGAUCACCACGAGCCAGAACAUCCACCUGCUGUACAUGGGGCUGCUGGAUUACCUGAAGAAAGAGCUGUCAGGAUACCCCACCGAGCUGGACAAGCUGCAGAACCUGAUGGCUGACUACUGCUCGGAGCUGUCGGACAUGACAGUCAUGUCCCAAGAUGCCAUGAUGAUUACGGAUGAGGUCAAGAUGAACUUGCGGCAGAAGGAGGCGGCCUUCAUCGAGGAGCGCCGGGCCCGGGAGAACAGGCUGAACCAGCAGAAGAAGAUGAUCGACAAGAUCCACACCAAGGAGACCAGCGAGAAGUACCGCCGGGGCCGGAGGGACUUGGACUUCCCCACCAAUCUGAUGAGUGCGGAGAGCCUGAAAGUGAGGAAAAAAGAGGCCUCCCAGGCCGAUGUCGAAUACCAGACGAAUCUGACUGCUUUGCUGGAGAAAAUCAAGACUGCUGUGCGGUGCUCCCACCUCUGGGACAUCACAGGCCAGUUCCUGGCUCAGAGGAACACGGAGGACAACCUGCAGCUGCAGAUGAUGGAGUGUGAGGAGAGGCGGACUCAGCUGGUGGCUUUGAUGAGGAAGCUGGAGAUGGAGGAGGCGCUGCUGAAGUUCCACCAGACGUCCAGCUCCGACAGCUCUGAGUCCGUCCAGCAUAAAAUGCAGGACCUGCUGAAGGAGGAGCAAGAGCGGCUGAAGCUGGCCCACACGAACAUGACCAAGAGCCAGAGGCUGCUGCUCACCCUGCAGAUGGGCAUCGACAACCUGUACCUCCGGCUGGUCGGCAUCGCCCUGCCCGCGGCCCAGAAGACGGCCACCCCCGACAGCCUGGACGGCCUGGACUUGCACAGCAAGCUGGCGUACUGUGAGAGGAAGCUCCUGUACCUGGUUGACAAACUGCAGGCGCUGUCCACCACUGAGGAGGUAACGCCGGGGCGGGGCGGAGACGCCUCCCCGGACCGUGUCCCCUCAGAGCUGACCGUCCCCCGGGCCCUGCAGGACAACACGAAGGUGAGGGACGCCCUGGAAUCCUCGACUCUGAAGGAGAAGCAGAACACCAGGAUCACCUUUGAGGAGCUGGAGGACGAUAUGAUAGAAACCUUCCACUUCGCCGACGUGGACCACAGCUACGUGCCCUCGCGGGCCGAGAUCAAGAAGCAGUCCCAGCGCGUGAUCGAGGAGAAGUUCAAGACGGCCAAGAAGAAGAAGAAGUGACCCGGGGGCCCCGCGCCCCCCGCCCGCGCCCCACCCCCGGCGGGCGCUUUGUUACACAAAUAAACAUUUUUCCAGAACGGCUGGGGGCUCCGAAGGGAGACAGGAGUCUCAGAAAGUGAACCUGGGCA